ACGACCAUAUUCGGCUCCAUUGUGAUAGACACAAGAGUACGAUAAAAUGUACGGAGCAUCGACGGGCCCCCAGACGGGCAUCAACACGCCACGCUCCUCACAGUCACUGCGGCCACUUAUUCUGACUCAUGGGUCACUCGAGUUUUCCUUCCUCGUGCCUACAUCCCUCCAUUUCUAUGCUUCACAAUUAAAAGAUACGUUUACGGCAUCCCUCCCUCAACCGACAGAUGAGCUUGCUCAGGACGAUGAGCCCUCGUCGGUGGCCGAGCUUGUAGCACGGUAUAUCGGCCACGUUGCUCGCGAGGUCGAAGAGGGCGAGGAUGAUGCACAGGGAACCUGUCUGGAAGUCCUGAAGCUAGCUCUUAACGAGUUCGAAAGAGCCUUCAUGCGCGGAAAUGAUGUCCAUGCCGUGGCAGCCGCUCUUCCGGGUAUUACUGCCAAGAAAAUCUUGGUUGUUGAGGCCUAUUAUGCAGGAAGGGCCGCCGCUGGACGGCCCACCAAGCCUUAUGAAUCUGCACUAUUCCGAGCCGCCUCCGAAGAAAAAGCCAGUAUUUACUCAGUCUUCGGUGGCCAGGGCAACAUCGAAGAGUACUUUGAUGAGCUGAGGGAAAUCUACACGACUUACCCGUCUUUUGUGGAGGAUUUGAUCUCUUCAUCCGCUGACCUAUUGCAACAACUUUCCCGCGAACCGGAGGCCAGCAAGCUCUAUCCCAAAGGACUGGACGUCAUCCAGUGGCUUCAGGAUCGGGACUCCCAGCCCGACACCGACUACCUUGUGGCAGCUCCUGUGAGUUUGCCAUUAAUUGGAUUAGUCCAAUUGGCCCAUUUUGCGGUUACCUGCAAGGUUCUAGGUCGGCAGCCCGGUGAGAUUCUAGAGCGGUUCAGCGGCACUACAGGUCACUCUCAAGGUGUGGUCACCGCUGCAGCGAUUGCCUCGGCAACAACAUGGGAGAGUUUCGAGAAAGCGGCCAAAGAUGCCUUGACAAUGCUCUUCUGGAUUGGUCUUCGCAGUCAGCAGGCUUACCCUCGGACUUCUAUUGCCCCGUCCGUGCUGCAGGAUUCGAUUGAGAACGGGGAAGGAGUCCCAACCCCUAUGUUGUCCAUUCGAGAUCUGCCGAGAUCUGCUGUCCAGGAACACAUUGAUACCACCAAUCAGCAUCUUCCUGCCGAUCGUCAUAUCUCUAUCUCCCUGGUCAACAGCGCUCGUAAUUUUGUGGUCACUGGACCACCUCUGUCCCUCUACGGUCUCAACCUUCGCCUACGCAAAGUCAAGGCUCCCACUGGCCUGGAUCAAAACCGGGUUCCGUUUACGCAGCGCAAGGUUCGCUUCGUCAACAGAUUCUUGCCAAUAACUGCGCCAUUCCACAGCCAGUACCUCUACGCAGCGUACGACCGUAUCCUCGAGGACCUGGAGGACAUUGAAAUCUCAGCUAAGUCCCUUGCGAUCCCUGUCUACGACACCAAGACGGGCGAUGAUCUCCGGCAAAGUGGCGACGCCAAUAUUGUUCCAUCCCUGGUUCGCAUGAUCACCCACGAUACAGUCAACUGGGAGAAGGCAACUGUCUUCCAAGGGGCCACUCACAUCGUCGAUUUCGGGCCCGGCGGUAUCUCAGGUCUUGGUGUUCUUACGAACCGCAACAAGGAUGGUACUGGAGUCCGAGUGAUCCUCGCUGGGGCUAUGGAUGGCACCAACGCCGAGGUCGGAUACAAACCUGAGCUGUUUGACCGCGACGAGCACUCUGUGAAAUAUGCCAUUGAUUGGGUCAAGGAGUACGGCCCCCGUCUUGUGAAGGACGCAACGGGCCAGACUUUCGUCGAUACCAAGAUGAGCCGUCUUCUGGGCAUCCCUCCCAUCAUGGUAGCCGGUAUGACACCAACUACGGUACCCUGGGACUUCGUUGCCGCAACAAUGAAUGCGGGAUACCACAUUGAACUUGCUGGGGGUGGUUACUACAACGGAAAGAGCAUGACAGAGGCCAUCUCCAAGAUCGAAAAGACCAUUCCUCCUGGCCGUGCUAUGGCUUGGCAAAUUCCCCUCAUCGGGAAAUUGAGGGCCGACGGUGUACCCAUUGAAGGCCUCACAAUCGGCGCUGGUGUUCCUUCCAUUGAAGUCGCCAAUGAAUACAUUGAAACCCUGGGAAUCAAGCAUAUAGCCUUCAAGCCAGGCUCGGUGGAUGCUAUUCAGCAGGUCAUCAAUAUCGCCAAAGCCAACCCGAAGUUUCCUGUCAUCCUUCAGUGGACCGGUGGUCGUGGUGGUGGUCAUCACUCCUUUGAAGACUUUCACCAACCAAUUCUACAAAUGUAUAGCCGCAUCAGACGGUGUGAGAACAUUGUCCUAGUCGCUGGCAGUGGCUUCGGUGGUGCUGAGGACACUUACCCUUAUCUCUCCGGAGCAUGGUCUUCGAGCUUCGGAUAUCCCCCGAUGCCCUUCGACGGGUGCCUCUUUGGUAGUCGCCUGAUGAUUGCCAAAGAAGCGCACACAUCUAAGAAUGCUAAGAAGGCAAUUGCUGACGCCCCUGGUCUUGAUGACAAAGAUUGGGAGAAGACUUACAAGGGUCCUGCUGGCGGUGUGGUCACUGUUCUUUCCGAGAUGGGUGAACCCAUUCAUAAGUUGGCGACAAGAGGUGUUCUGUUCUGGCACGAGAUGGAUCAGAAAAUCUUCAAACUUGACAAGGCGAAGCGCGUGCCAGAACUCAAGAAGCAGCGUGAUUAUAUCAUCAAGAAACUCAACGACGACUUUCAAAAAGUAUGGUUCGGCCGUAAUGCCGCUGGUGAGGCGGUCGAUCUUGAAGACAUGACGUACGCCGAGGUGGUUCAUCGUAUGGUAGAACUCAUGUAUGUCAAGCAUGAAUCGCGCUGGAUCGAUUCCUCUUUGAAGAAGUUGACUGGCGAUUUCAUCCGUCGUGUCGAGGAACGAUUCACCACCGAGGAAGGGCAGGCUUCUCUGCUGCAGAACUAUUCCGAGCUCGAUACUCCUUAUCCGGCAAUUGACGACAUAUUAGCAGCUUACCCUGAAGCGGCUACUCAAUUAAUCAAUGCGCAGGAUGUUCAUCAUUUCCUUUUGCUUUGUCAGCGGCGCGGACAGAAGCCUGUCCCAUUUGUGCCGGCACUGGACGAGAACUUUGAGUAUUGGUUCAAGAAGGACUCUCUUUGGCAGAGUGAGGAUUUGGAGGCCGUGGUUGGGCAAGAUGUCGGAAGGACCUGUAUUUUGCAAGGUCCAAUGGCAGCCAAAUUUUCUAACACCAUAGACGAGCCUGUCCAACAAAUCCUGGAUGGUAUUCAUCAGGGUCAUAUUAAGGGUCUUCUCCAGGACGUCUAUGGCGACGACGAGUCCAAGAUCCCUGUCAUUGAGUACUUCGGAGGCCGGCUGCAUGAAGCCGUCAGCGAGUUAGACAUCGACGGGCUCACAAUCUCUGAAGAUACGAACAAAAUCAGCUAUCGUCUAUCAUCCUCUCCCUCAGGCGAUCUUCCUGAUCUUGACCUGUGGUUACGCCUCCUCGCUGGCAAAUCAUACUCAUGGAGGCACGCUCUCUUCUUGGCAGACGUCUUUGUUCAAGGUCACCGUUUCCAGACAAACCCGAUGAAGCGGAUCGUCGCACCCACCCCGGGGAUGUACGUGGAGGUCUCGUAUCCAGAGGAACCACCCAAGACCACCAUCUGUGUGAGAGAGCCUUAUCAAUCCGGCAAACUCGUCAAGACUGUGGAGGUGAAGGUCAACGACCAAGGACAAAUCAGUCUCACACUUUACGAAGGCAGAACUGCAGAGGGUGGUGUUGUGCCUUUGAGCUUCUUGUUCACGUACCAUCCCGAGGCCGGCUAUGCACCCAUCAGGGAAGUCAUGGAUGGUCGCAACGAUCGCAUUAAGGAGUUCUAUUAUCGGGUCUGGUUUGGCAGCAAGGAUGUCCCUUUUGACACCGCUACCACGGCAACAUUUAGUGGUGGUCGGGAAACUAUCACUGCCCAAGCUGUCGCUGACUUUGUGCACGCUGUUGGCAAUACUGGGGAAGCCUUCGUUGAUAGGCCCGGAAAGGAAGUCUUCGCCCCCAUGGACUUUGCCAUUGUUGUCGGCUGGCAGGCCAUCACCAAGCCCAUCUUCCCUCGGACAAUCGACGGGGAUCUUUUGAAACUGGUCCAUCUUUCGAACGGAUUCAAAAUGGUCCCUGGUGCUCAACCCUUGAAGGUUGGAGACGUGUUGGACACAACUGCCCAAAUCAAUGCUGUGAUCAACCAAGAUUCCGGGAAAAUGGUUGAAGUAUGCGGUACUAUUCACAGAGACGGGCAACCAAUCAUGCAUGUCACCAGUCAAUUCCUAUACCGAGGAUCGUACCUGGAUUUUGAGAACACUUUCCAGCGCAAGGAUGAGGUUCCCAUGCAAGUUCACCUUGCUUCAAGCAGGGAUGUUGCAAUUCUACGGUCGAAAGAGUGGUUCCGUCUAGACGAACCCGACGUCGAAUUGUUAGGUCAGACUCUCACUUUCCGUCUCCAGAGCUUGAUCCGGUUCAAGAACAAAUCUGUAUUCAGCCACGUUCAGACAGUCGGCCAGGUGCUGCUUGAACUUCCCACAAAGGAAGUCAUUCAGGUUGCAACAGUGGACUACGAGACCGGAACAUCUCAUGGUAAUCCGGUCAUUGACUAUCUUCAACGCAAUGGUACGUCCAUAGAACAACCGGUCUAUUUCGAAAACCCUAUUCCGUUGAGCGGAAAGACACCCCUCGUUUUGCGCGCACCGGCAUCCAAUGAAACAUAUGCUCGGGUUUCAGGCGAUUACAAUCCAAUUCACGUCUCUCGUGUUUUCUCUAGCUAUGCCAAUCUUCCGGGGACCAUCACACAUGGCAUGUAUACCAGCGCCGCUGUUCGCAGUUUCGUCGAGACCUGGGCCGCUGAAAACAAUAUCGGCCGUGUUCGAGGCUUCCAUGUGUCCCUCGUCGGUAUGGUCCUCCCCAAUGAUAUGAUCACCGUGAAGUUACAGCAUGUUGGUAUGGUGGCCGGCCGUAAAAUCAUUAAGGUUGAAGCCAGCAACAAGGAAACAGAAGAUAAGGUUCUUCUGGGCGAAGCCGAAGUCGAGCAACCAGUAACCUCCUAUGUCUUCACUGGACAGGGCUCUCAGGAGCAAGGAAUGGGUAUGGAGCUGUACAGCAGCAGCCCAGUCGCCAGGGAGGUUUGGGAUCGGGCAGAUCGUCAUUUUAUCGAGAACUACGGCUUGUCCAUCAUUGAUAUCGUCAAAAACAAUCCCAAGGAGCUCACUGUCUACUUUGGUGGUCCCCGUGGAAAAGCCAUUCGCCAGAACUACAUGUCGAUGACUUUCGAGACAGUCAACGCGGAUGGCACGAUUAAGUCCGAGAAGAUCUUCAAAGAAAUCAAUGAGGACACAACAUCAUACACAUAUCGGUCGCCGUCUGGAUUGCUCUCUGCAACUCAGUUCACGCAACCGGCACUGACACUGAUGGAAAAGGCAAGUUUCGAGGAUAUGCGCUCCAAGGGCCUCGUCCAGAGAGAUAGCAGCUUCGCUGGUCAUUCCCUGGGUGAAUACUCCGCUCUCGCCGCUCUUGCGGAUGUCAUGCCUAUUGAGAGCCUGGUUUCCGUCGUGUUCUAUCGUGGUUUGACUAUGCAGGUUGCUGUCGAAAGAGAUGAACAAGGACGUUCGAACUACUCUAUGUGCGCCGUCAACCCAAGUCGCAUCUCAAAGACAUUCAAUGAGCAAGCCUUGCAGUACGUCGUUGAGAACAUUGCUGAGCAAACAGGUUGGCUAUUGGAAAUUGUCAACUACAAUAUCGCAAAUAUGCAGUACGUUGCUGCUGGAGAUCUCCGCGCUCUUGAUUGCCUUACAAAUGCGCUCAACUAUCUCAAGGCUCAAAACAUCGACAUUCCAGCAUUAAUGCAGAGCAUGUCCUUGGAUGACUUGAAGGCUCACCUUGUCAAGAUCAUUCAUGAAUGUGUCAAACAAACCGAGUCGAAGCCCAGGCCUAUUGUCUUGGAGCGAGGCUUCGCCACUAUUCCGCUGAAAGGAAUCGACGUGCCUUUCCACAGCACCUUCCUUCGCUCCGGUGUCAAGCCUUUCCGAUCCUUCCUGCUGAAGAAAAUCAACAAAACUACCAUCGAUCCGAGCAAGUUGAUUGGCAAAUAUAUUCCAAAUGUCACUGCCCGCCCAUUCGAGAUCACAAAGGAGUAUUUCGAGGAUGUGUACCGACUCACAAACUCUCCUCGGAUUGCCCAUAUCCUGGCAAAUUGGGACAAGUAUGAAGAGGGAGGUGAGAACACUUCACGCGCCACAGGCACCACCACUGCCUGA